CGCGGCGCUGGGUGCUCACACAAAAAGAGGCAUGGAGCAGAGGUGAGAGUUGACUCAUGGACGUCCGGUUUCCCGCAGUGUAGCAGCAGCAAGAUAACAAACCCGCCACAGACUCCAUCUUUAAAUCUAUCGCCAUGGUGAGAGAGCGCCCCUGGACUCUGUUGCUAUGGUGACCCUGUAACAAUCUGUUGCCCUGGUGACCGAAUAAAAAAAGACCCAGCCAGCAACAGUCGCCAUGGGAACUUCCAGGAUGUUCCGAGUCUUCGUGGUCCUGGGCUCGGCCUUCAUGAUCCUCCUCAUCAUCAUUUACUGGGACGAUGUCGGGGCCUCGCAUCUGUACCUGCACACCCCUGUGUCGCCGGGCCCCAAGAUCCCUCACCCUCCUCCCCCCCAUCAGCAGCAGCAGCCUCAUACCUCGCGGACGCCGUCCUUCCUGUCAGACAUCGACGCCUUCGUCAACCAGUUCCUGGAACCCGGGACUGGGGAACCCACUGACACCGCCCCCGCUGACUCCGGUAACCAAUCAGAGAAGGCCGAGGAGCGGUACAUACCGCGGAGGGAGUGGAAGAUCCACCUGACUCCUGUGGCAGCCGAGCUCCGAGAGAGACAGGAGCAGCGACGGAGAUUACUGCAGGAGAUGUGCGCCAACGACAGCAUGGCGUUUCCUGGUAAAAACCGUUCCUUUGACGACAUUCCCAACAAGGAGCUGGAUCACCUCAUCGUGGACGACCGGCACGGCAUCAUCUACUGCUACGUUCCCAAGGUGGCGUGCAGUAACUGGAAGCGCAUCAUGAUCGUCCUCAGUGAGAGUCUUCUGCGGGACGGCGUUCCCCAGAGAGACCCGCUCUCCAUCCCCAGGGAUCUGGUCCACAACAGCAGCAUGCACUUUACCUUCAACAAGUUCUGGAAACGCUACGGCAAGUUCGCUAAGCACCUCAUGAAGGUGAAGCUGAAGAAGUACACCAAGUUCAUCUUUGUUCGGGACCCCUUUGUGCGCCUCAUCUCGGCCUACCGGAACAAAUUUGAGCUGCGCAACGAGAACUUCUACCGGCGCUUCGCCCAGGUCAUGCUGCGUCGCUACGCCAACCAGCCGACGCCUCCCGCCUCUGUGGACGAGGCGUUCGGCGUAGGCAUCCACCCGUCCUUCUCCAACUUUAUCCAGUACCUCCUGGACCCGCAGACGGAGAAGGAGAUGCCCUUCAACGAGCACUGGAGGCAGGUGUACCGCCUCUGCCACCCGUGCCAGAUUCAGUAUGACUUUGUGGGCCACCUGGAGACGGCGGAGGAGGACGCGGAGCAUCUGCUGCGACAGCUGAAGGUGGACAAUGUAGUGGAGUUCCCCACCUCCAGCAGGAACCUCACGGCCAGCAGCUGGGAGACGGAUUGGUUCAACACCGUGCCCCUGGAGACCCGCAAAGAACUGUACAAGCUUUACGAACCCGACUUCAGGCUCUUUGGAUACGACAAGCCGGACUCCCUCCUCAACGAGUGACAGCCACACACACCGAACAGGCUUUUUUAAAUGUGUGUUUAUACUUUUACUCCAACAACAGCCUCCAAAGUUGCGUGACCUACACUGAAUGUAACCAUUAGGGCUGCACAGUCAACAUUGUAUUUUAACAAAUAUUUAGCCUUUAACAAAUAUCUGUCCUGCAAUUUGAACAUUUGAAUGGUCCCUAUUGCAAUUUUGAUUAAGUGUGCAGCCCUAGUACACAUUAUCAAGGACACUCACUGCUCUAAGGAAGCACAUUAAUGAGGUGGAGCCAGGUUAAUAUCCGUUGUUGUUUUCCUUAUUUAAAUCACAAAGAUAACAAUAAGCACACAAUUAAGAGACGGAUAUGGAUUGUGGAAAACAGUAUGUGUUCUUACAUGUUGUACAUUCAGUGUAACCCUUAACUCAAAACAUUGAUGUCAGGCAGCACCUGUAAUUUGUGAUGUCACACGUAGCAGGAUGUGAUGUCACAGAGCCAAUCUGUACUUGGUUGCAACACCAACACAGAUGCAGUCAACAGGGAAAUGUUUGCAUUAGUUAAAACAAGGUGUUAUUAGGUUAGUUUUAAGUGAUUUGCACUAGUUGUCAUCUUAUUUAUUUCACUCUCUCUAAGUGCAAUAUGAGGCAUGAAAGGGAUUUUAAUGUAUGUUUUUAAAAAUGCAUACUAAUGACUAUCCACAGGAGAACUUGGAGGAAAUAUUUUAUACCUCGUACACAGAUCAGGACCUGAUCAGACAGUGCUGCUGCGCACCUCGUGGUUCCCUCUCCACGCACCUUGCAUUUUUGCAGGACCGUGGCUGAAAAAUAACUUGAAAUCAGAACAGUAAAGCACUCCGAAAUAUAAUCUGUACCUAGUUGUUUAAUCGUAUGAAUUAAGAGGCAGGGCUUCAGUGGUUGUGACAUUGUUAGCAAUCUAGCUCAAUUAAGCUAACUUUGCUUAGAAUUAGCUUACUCCACCCAUUUGUUAACCUUACUAGCCAGUUAGUGUUAGCUAUCAACAGUCAUUCAUAAGUUGCUUGCCUCAUAAUUAUUUUUAGUUUCAGAGGGGAGACAGUGCAUUAUAUUAUUAGAAACAUUUCAGACGACUCUUUUGCAUCUCAUUUUAUUUAGCUAUGUAGCUAACCUUGCUAACUCUUAGCUAUCACCAGUGAGCUGUUAGCAUUGUUAAAUUCAUUCAUCUAUAAGAUGCUUGCUUGAUAAUUUAUUAUAACUGGAAUUAAUGGAAGCACUCGAUAUAUAAUACUAUACCUGUUUAUUAGGCUGGGUACGUAAGUUAACUAACAAAUAGAUAACUUAUUUAUCUUUUAAAGGUUAAGAUGUUUUGAGUUUGCUAGGCUCAAAGAAAAUGAAGGCUAAUGACUCCAGGAUCCAGUCGCAACAACAACAAUCAUCUUUUAACUGUAGGCUUAAACAAAAGAAGGCAACGAGGUGCACCUUGUGCUUUGAACCCUGCAGAAAGCUCUCUGUCUGACCAGACCCUUGGAGGAUGCUCAUAUGUUCCCUUAACAACCAUCCCUGCUGCUUCUUCAGACCUGGUGCAGUAGUUUGAAGUGGAGAUGUCCAUUAGAUUAUACUAAAAGGAACAUUUCAGACAACUCCUUAGCAGCUUGUUUUAUUUGACCAGUUUCAGCAUGCCGUUAUCUUAUCAUAGGGAAGCACAGCAGCUCCGGGACAUGUGUCUCAGCUUGUCUUUGAGGCACAAAACUGGAGUUUCUACAUUCUUUAUAAAUCAUCCCAGCUGCAUGAACACAGAUGAGCCUCUGUGUACUCAGACGAAAAGAUUUCCAUAGGGAAUGUUUUGCUUUAAUGCGUGUGGUGUUGCAAUGAGCAUUUAUGGACCUUUGUGUUUUUAACGCACAAACUGCAGUUAUCAACGCUGACAUACAUAGGGUAACCCUGGAGACUGCAGCUAUUGUUGCCCCCCUCAUCUCCCCUUAAUAUGACCUUUUUUAAAUCUAUGUUUCGAGGGGCAGCAUUUUCAUGGGGUGCAGUAUUUUGUAGCACAGAUCCGAGCACAUUACAUGGAGACAACAAGCAGUGUUUUUCAGUAUUGCGCCCUAAAGAUACAUCCAUCCAGGCGUCGGGUUGUUAAUAGAUGAGGCUAUGCCGGUAUUGGAGUCAAUAUCAAUCAAAUAGUGAUCCGAGCAUGGGUCGGGCUGCAUGUUUUAUAUGAGAGCAGCUGGAAGUUAAGAUAGUGCCUUUUGGUUGCAAAAGUUUACACAGCAAAAAAAAAAAAAGUAUUUUUGUAGAAGGACUUUUUACUUUGAACACGAUACAGUGAGCGCUGUACAAAGCCACAAGGUAUAUUUGAUAUGUCAGGCCUUGUUUAUCUUGUGGCAUAAUUCUGUGGAAAGAAAAGGAAAACAGCAGCAGCAGAGCCCUUCAGCAGAAGUGCUUUACCGUCUUCAUGGGGUUUGUAUUGUGUGAGUUCUCUUUACAUGUAUUGCUCUGUGUGUCGUGUAACACGCAGGAGUACUGUGUGCUUUGUACUGUAUUUGAUCAUUCUGCACAUGUACAUGUUCAAACCUCCUUUUCAUCUCACUGCCUUUCGCUUCAUUUGUUUUGUACAAUGUGGGUAUUUUUUUACUCCUCAAUGUCUCGUAGUGUUUUCUGGAUACAUUGGAGUUAUAACAGAUAAAUGGCUGGUGUUCCCCCCCCAACAAAAUCUGUCAUCAUCACCAUGUACGUCUGAGUGAACACACAGCUGAUCUGUAAACACACCCCACCGGUGUUUGGAUUGUCAGAUUUGUUCGUUGUGUUUUCUUAUGUUAUUGUCCCGUGUCAGAAACUUUGCUCUUGGCUGUAUUUUCUUUAAAAGUGUAAACACCGUGAAAUGAAUAACUGUGUAAGGGGGGAAGGAUUUAUUUAUUUAUUGGCUGAAUUACACCAAUGGAUGCUGCUUCUGCAAAGGAAAUUCAGUUACUAUUACAGUGUGAAAAGGUGGCAUUUGGCCCACAGCGACCUGACGCUUCCUUGCUCAAAGGCCAAACCUCGUCCUUCAUUUCCACCUGAUGUCAGUUCUCAACAUAAAAUGCAAUCGCACAUCCAAAACCUAAAUCUAUUUUUCUGUAUGAUGUUUUUGUAAUUCAUAUAAAUACUUCAUAAAGUCACAGUCUGACAAAAGUGUUCCUACUCUAAUCUGUAAGGGAAAAGCAAAGCAUUCAGUUUCAUCCGUGUCAUGGUGUCAUCUGCUCAUUGUAAGAGAAAUAAAGGAUGU